CUUCAGUUACUUCUUCUUUCUAAAUCUUUUAAAAUUCUCCAUUAAGUUCUUACUUCAAAAAAAAAAUUCUUUCUAUCAUUCUCUACAUAUAAACAAAAUGGGAAACUGUCAGGCAGCGGACACAGCAGGAAUCAUGAUACAACACACAAAUGGAAAAGAAAAGAAGUUAAGCUAUCCAGUUUCUGCUAGUUAUGUGAUGAAGAUGAAUCCUGGCCAUUAUGUUUCUCUUCUCAUCUCGACGACUGCUCUCCCGGCCGCCUCUUCCGGUCAUGGAGGACCUCUUAGGGUCACGAGGAUCAAGCUCCUUCGUCCCACGGAGACGCUUGUUCUGGGCCACGUCUAUAGACUCAUUACGACAAAAGAGGUUAUGAAAGGUUUAAUGGCUAAGAAAUGUUCCAAGUUGAAGAGAGAAGGAAAGGUGUUGGAAGAUAAUCUAGAGAUGAUGAAAGCAAUAAGCUCUACUAAGCUUGACAAUGAAGAUCAGACGAAGAAGCAAGAGAAAGAGAGGCCACAAAGAACCUCAAGAUCAUGGCAGCCAUCUCUAAAAAGCAUAUCGGAAGGAGGUUCAAGUUGAGUAAAUUCUAAAACCUUGGUGGGGAAUUUAAGAACAUUUGAAAUAUGAGGGUCUAGUUUGGAAAAUAGGAAAGGCAAGUGACAAAA